AUGUCGAGUCGAUUCGUGUCUGGAGGCACUAUUAGUGCAUCUGGAGAUGGUCAAGUUUCUACUACGCCUGCGCCGGCCACUGAACUCUCGGCAGCCCAGAAGAAGGCACAAGCCGAGUGGGCUUCUGUCCAAGCAGAUUUGGACGCUGAAAGGGCGAAGCGAGAAGCAGAACGACAAAGGGCCGCUUCUGGUCAAGGAGACGAGGGCAAGAGUCUCUAUGAGGUGUUGCAGGCGAACAAAGCAGCUAAGCAGGCAGCGUUUGAGGAGGCAACAAAAAUCAGGAACCAAUUCCGGUCACUAGAUGAGGACGAGGUGGGAUUUCUGGACGAGGUGCGCGAAAAGAAGCGUAAAGAUGAUGAGGGUCGCAAGAAGGAAAUUGAGGAUGGCCUGAAGGGCUUCAAGGAGAUGCAAAAGCGCACCGCCAUUGAUGAGACGACGGACGAAGGACUUGUUGAAGCCGAGACAGGAGAUUGGGCAGUUGGUCGGAAGAAGCGCAAAGUGGUGAAAGACGCUAUUAUCAAGAAGAGUGAAAAGUCGGAUGAAAAGCCCCAACCGGCAGAAGCGAGCAAAGUGGAAGAAAAGGCACCACCAAAAGUUGACGACAAGAAGAAGCCGGCAAUGGGCCUGGUGGCCUAUGAUUCUGACGAUAGCGAUGACGAAUAA